UUUUUUUCUACUUUUGAUCAUUCCUGAGAACCUUUUGCUGCAUAAAUAAAGUUAAGAGUCGUAAUCAGAGGUUGACACGAUCUGUCUUCAUGGAGUUCUAAGUUUGCUACUGGUCAUGAUUAAACUACAAAUCCAGUGAUAACUGCAGGUAAAAAUGGCAGUUUACUCCCAUGUUUUUGAUCUCUUUGCCGCUACAACCCCUCACAUACAGUGGCUUAUUUACCUGCUCAAAAACAGAUGUUCAGUCAUGUCCACUGCUUGUUGUUUAAACAUGGGAAAGUGUAUUUUCAAUGAGACUUGACUUGAUUUCAGUGAUUUUUUUCACUCGGUUGAAAGCUUUUCACAGCAGUCAGAUAUGACCGUUUCAUUCAAAUAAUUUGGUGUUCUUGUAUUAAAAUUAAAUAUUCUUUAAUAACUAAAUUGUUAGCAAUAACGGGUUUCCAUUAAAAAAUUUAUGGGCCAUUUGAAUGUUUCUGUUAAUGCGUCGAUUUGGUCUUAAAUGUCAUUACUUAAUGGUCUUAAAAGGUCUUAAAUUAAUUUACUGAAACCUGCAUGAACCCUGAAUAAGGAAGUGGUUUUUUUUAAGGGUCCAAGGAAAUUAUAAGGGUUGUGAGACGAGGGGUUAUUUCUGAAGCUCUUCCUGUUGUACACAUCUAAAACCAUUAUCUUGCCCUCUAUAUGUCAGAUCACCUUCAAGUUGCCACUCCAUCAUGCUCCCUCAGAUCUGGCUCAUCUCUCCAUCUCACUGUUCUUUUUGUCCAUCUCACCUCCAUGGAACUCUCUCACUACCACCUGAAGAAAAAAACUGAACUGUCUUCUUGUCUUUAAGGCCAGCCUAAAAACCCAUCUCUUCAGGAUUGCGUACCUCGUAUCAAAUCCAAGGCCCGAGAGCCAAAUGUCAUUCAACACAGCAUUGUGUGGCCCAAAAGAGAUUUAUGUCUUUAAAUAAGCUUAAUUAAAAUCAGCAUUGACUAUAAACAGCAUUUCCCAUAAUGCAUGUUGAUUAUUUUGCAUACAGAAUGACAUCAUCUCUCCACUAGGUGGAGCUGCACAGGAUUUAAAAGCAACCAGCAACUGGAGAAAUUUGCAGUGUAAAAUCUUAAUUUAGCUACAUUUUUGCUGGCUACUUUGACUGUAAAUGGGAAUUUUCCACAUACAAGUCGUAAAUAUAAACUGCAACGCACCUUCAGUGGGAAUUCCCUGUUGGAAAGUAGGAAAGUUCAGAUGGUGAAGAUGACCACUACUCACCACAACUCAACGACUGAGGAUGCACAAUAGAGCAUCUCCCGCACCGAGUUUAAUUGCGGAUUAGAGGGAGGAGGAGGGGAGGAGGACGAGGAAGACGAGGAGAGACGUCUCUUUAUCAUUAGGAGAGAAGCUGAGGAGGAGGAGGAGGAGGAGGAGGACACCGACGCUGACAGUCGCUCGGAUGUUGUUGUUGUCCAUCCAGACGCGGCGACGAUGCGGCCCCACUGCUGGGUGAUGGUGGCGCUGGCCGGGAUCAUGUCGUACCUCAGCCCGGAGAGAGCGCUCGGAGCACCGCAGAGGGAAGUAUCUCAGACGAGGGCUGAAUCCCUCUCUCCUCCGCCCUACGUGGUCAUCCUCAUCUCCUGCUCGGGGCUCGUCUCUUUUGUUCUGCUGCUCCUCACCUGCCUUUGCUGCAAGAGAGGAGGGGUGGGCUUCAACGAGUUUGACAACGCUGAUGGGGAGGAGUGCUCCGCAGGUUCCAGUCCCAUCCAAGAGGACAGCCUGUCCUCAUGUCCCUCGCUCCCUGAGGUUUACACCUUGCCAGUCAGAGACCAUCCCAACUGCUCUGCCCUGCAGGAUGGAGCAGACGCCAACUCUCAGUGUUUCAAAAGACACUCUUUAAAUUACCUUCAGGAGAUCGGUAAUGGCUGGUUUGGAAAGGUGAUCCUGGCUGAGGUGCUGUGCGACUGCAGCUCCUCUCAGGCGGUGGUGAAGGAGCUACGUGUUAGCGCCAGCCCCCUGGAGCAGAGGAAGUUCCUGGCUGAGUCAGAGCCGUACAG